CUGAGUUGUAAUAGGCUACAAAAAAAAAGGUGAUAUGAUACUGAAGGAGAUUGAAGGUCAUUGAGCUCAGAACCCAGCAGAUCAAAUAUAAAGAGCAACUGUAUUUGCUCACCGAAAGUCCACCAACUGCCGAGGGAACUGCAGUGAAUAUGGCAGCAACAGCGCAACAAAUUACUCUCUCAACAGGUGUGGAGCUCGAGCCACCUCCUGCAAUUCUGAAAGUAGAAUUCCAAACCAUUUUGACACCAGAAACAGUCCAGUUCCUGGCAGAAUUAGUCUCUACAUUUGAUGAAGAUGUUGAGGAGAUAUUACAGCUGAGAAUUGGUAAAAAGCUGUGUUUGGAUCGUAAUGGUGGACUUCCCGAAUUUUUGCCCCACACCUCACAUAUCCGAGAGGAUCAAUCCUGGAAAGUUCAACCAGUCCCACAGAGGUUGCAGAACAGGCAUGUAGACCUUGGGGAUGUGUCUCCAGCCAACACUGAACAUUUCAUCACAGCCUUGAGUUCUACUGCACAGGGCAUUCAGACUGACUUUGACGAUGGUCAUUGUCCAACUUAUUUGAAUCAAAUCCAAGGACUUUUCAAUGUUUACAAAGCAGUCCAUAGCCAGUUUCCAGAUAUACCACAUAUCUCAAAGGUUCCCAUUCUGAUGCUAAGACCAAGAGCAUGGAACAUGGUUGAACACAACAUGCUUGUUCAUGGAAAGGAGGUCCCAGGCCCUCUAUUUGAUUUUGGACUACUGAUGUAUCACUGUGGACGAAUUUUGUUUGAAAAUGGAUGUGGUCCUUUCUUUUAUCUAUCAAAGGUUGAAAGCCAUUUGGAGGCCAGAUUGUGGAAUAAAAUAUUUGUCUGGGUUCAAAAGAAGUUGGGUUUACCAAAUGGCUCCAUCAAAGCUACCGUCUUAAUAGAAAAUAUCUUAGCUGCUUUUGAGAUGGAAGAGAUUCUCUAUGAGCUACGAGACCAUUCUGCUGGACUAAACUGUGGAAUCUGGGAUUAUUCAGCCUCUUUUGUCAACAAAUUUGGACAUCGACGGGAAUUCCUUUUACCGGAUCGCAGUAAAUAUGUGAAUAUAGAGAAAAUGUUUUUGAAGAGCUACAUGGACCUUCUGAUAAAGACUUGUCAUAAGCGAGGUGCCUUGGCCACAGGAGGAAUGGCAGCUCUGUUACUGCCACGGGACAAGGAAGGCUUGGACUACCAGAGUGUCUUGGCGAAGGUCAGGCGUUUGAAACUGCUUGAAAUCAACGCUGGAGUCGAUGGAUUCAUGGUGUUUGAUCUGGAUCUGAUUAAGCCAAUGACAAAGCUUUUCCUGGAACACACAGAUGGGCCCAACCAGCUACAUGUCCUAAGAGAAGAUGUGGACGUGACUCCAAGUGAUCUGCUCACGAUGCCUUCUGGUGGAGUAACCUUGCAUGGAUUAAAAUACAACAUUGGUGUUGGAAUUCUUUUCAUAGAAGCAUGGCUAAGAGGUCAAGGUACUUUUUACUUUCGGGGCCAAGUGGAAGAUUCAGCUACUGCAGAGAUUUCCCGGUCACAGGUUUGGCAGUGGCUUCGACAUAGAGUAAAAUUGGAGAAUGAUGGCAGAAUUGUCACCAGAAACCUAGUUCAAGCUCUUGUAAAGGAAAUAGAAACUGAAUUACAGGAUGUUUUGCAUCACCACAAUGACAGCUCCAAAGGACAACUGGCAGUGGCUUCCGAAAUAUUCCUUGAGAUUGUACAGAAGCGAGAUUUUCCAGAAUUCCUCACGAUGUACUUGAACUUGGAACAUACAUUUUUAAGUGCCAAUCAUUAAUUGCAUAGAACAUGUGGUAAUAACUGCAAAAAAACUAAUGCAAUGUAUGAUUCUAAAAGUGGUGACAAACCACAAGUAAAAAUUGGAAUUUGAGAAUUAAAGAUUUAGUUUUGUUUAGAGAUACAGCCCCGGAAACAGGCCCUUCGACCCGAGUCCGCACCGACCAGCAAUCCCCACAAUAACACAAGCCUACACACACCAUGGACAAUUUACACUUAUACCAAGUAUACAAACCCAAGCCAAUUAACCUACAAACCUGUGCAUCUGAGUGUGGGAGGAAACCGAAGAUCUCAGAGAAAACCCACGCAGCCACGGGGAGAAUGUACAAACUGCGUACAGACAGCACCCGUAGUCGGGAUCGAAACCGGGUAUCCUGCACUAAGGCAGCAACUCUACCGCUGUGCCACCAUACCGCCCACAUCUUUAGGAUUAAUAUCAUAUUUGUGGGACAACAUUAACUUUAUGUUCCUAGUAAAGCAAGCCUAGCUCAGCAAAGUUUGCACACUCAAGGAGAUGCUAACCAAUUUCCACUGCUGCAGAAUGUAACCAUUUCUGGGUAUCUGAAUGAUACAUGCCAUCUACCAGCAAGGACAAAGGAAGCAAGCACUUUGGAUCACCUGUUGACAUUUGUUUCCAAGAAGUACACUGUCCUGACUUCAAAAUAUAUUGAUGAUCCUUUGUUGCCAUUAGGAUUGCAAGGAUCUUGCCCAUUUUAAGUGUUUGUUUUAAACUUCCCAAACUAAAGGUUUGCUACAAUCUCAUGAACUAGGCUGGAGUUUUUCCAGCAUGGCUAUGACUCAAAAAUAAAUUCUAGGUUUUCCUAAGCCAGGGGUUACAACCUCCGCAUCAAUGUUAUCAAGUCUUCCAAAAAUUGAAUUAAAUCACCUUCAUUUUAGGUAGGUAAACAAAAGUAAAUUUUAAAUUGACAAGCUUUUGAACCUAGAGUGUUAAAAAUAAAAAUCUUACGUUUACAAUAAAUGUGGGGAGAGAACACUGCCUGUAUUUUCUGUUUUUAUUUCAAGUCCAGCAAUCUGCAAACAUCCAGGGAAAUACUUCCUACAAUACUGCUUGAUUUUAGUGUUUUUGAGUGUUUGCACCAUGACCAACAGCAAGCAAAAGUCUAAUUAAGAAUAAACAAAUGCCUGAAAUACAUAGCAAAUUUAAAA